UAGCGAAAAAAGAAGUAAGCUCAAGUGUCAACAAUCGUGAUUUGCCUGUCUGAAAUCCUGUCAAUCAUGGUAUCUGGAAACAGUUGUUGCGCUCCGAAUUGCAUCAAUUCGGCCAGGACAUGUAAUUUGAGCUUCUUCCGAUGCCCCAAGGACGUCAAGAGAGCCGCCCAUUGGCUUCAAAACGCCGGAUUAGUCGUGGAUGUCCUCUCACCGUCCUUUAAACCACAAAGUUACCGAUUCUGUAGUGAUCACUUUGAGCGUGUCUCAUUCAUGAACGAUACUAAAAAGAGCCUGACCCAUUCGGCCUCCCCAACCAUUUUCAAUGUCCCCACCCCUAACCAACAGUCCCUACCCAUUGAUGUGACCAUAAAACCGGAGAUCGACCCAGAUGACUUCGAUCCUGUAGUCCACAACUUUUCCGAUGUUAAUUUGAUCAAAUUGGCAUUCCGUUCAUGGCUGAUGAUAACCAGGGAUCAAUUAGACCUACUGACCACAGGUGGAUGGCCCAUCAUUUCCAUGAUGGUCCUGGCCAACCUGGAAACUGGCCAAUAUAUUGCUCGAGUGCUAAACCGAACUUACAAAACUGGACAGUUUCACAAUGAAACUGACUUAGAGACGAUUUGCCUUGAGUUCUUCAGCGGUCAGUAUCCUUGUUUAGGGCGGGAUUCGAAGGUCUUGUUGGACAGUGACUUUCCAAUGAACUUGCAAUUUUCACCCAAUUGCCGCCAACUCUGCUUUGAAGGCUCGAAACCCGAGAGUUUGGAUGGUAUCAUGUGUUACCAUUGCUCUUUGAACGAUAACGAAGGAUCUUACAUUGAUAAAUCCGAUGAGCCUUAUUGGCCUUUAAGCAAGGACGAAUUCGAGCCAGAAGAAAGCCAAGGCAAACCUGCCAUACCUACCAUACCUACCAUAAAGGGCGUUGUAAAACAGACGUUGAGGAAACCUCGGCCAAAAGAAGGCAAAACCUUCACCAUAGAAUGGGAGGGCAAAGAUAUCAGUCUGAAUCUUCAAGUUGAUCAGGACAAAAAGUGGACUUGUCCCAUUUGCUCCGCCCAAAUCGCGCUGUUCCCCCGGAUGCACUUGAAACGUCAUUUGUUGUACAAUAUCAAAUGCGAGAUUUGCUCCCAACCUCAUCUGUGUCCCUUAAAACUUUGGGAUCACCAUCAAGGCGAUCAUAUCAAUGUCGAGGUGUGGGAAGUCAAAUGUGUCCUUUGUUCCGAAGUCCUAGAUAUCAAGGAGUCUCGUAACAAGUACUCGGAUCAUCUGAUUGUGUGCAAGAGAAAACAGAACUAUUUGAAGUUCCAUCAGGCACCCAAGAAGAGCAAACGAACCGAUCCCAAGGUGUGUGACCUGUGUGGAAAAACCUUUGCCGUUCCAGGAUUGUUGAGGAAACACAUUCGAGUGGUUCACGAAAACAAAGUGAUGACAUGGAAGUGUCAUUUAUGUUCAGCUGAGAUGAAUGCCAGGAAGAAGGCCAAUCACUUGCGUCAAAGACAUCUCUACUCUCGGUUUCAAUGUCCGGUUUGCUACCAAAGAGACCGGUCAGCCCGAGAUUUUUACGCUCAUGUGAAGGAGAAACACCCGGGUCAAGUGGAGGUCUUUCCAUGUCCGGAGUGUAAGGCGGAUUGUUCCAUAGAUCCUGGAAACGGUGGUCCGAACUUCGUGGAUCACCAUGAACAAUGUCUGUCAGAUCGGUUGAAGCAAAUGAAGCGGGAUGAGAAGGAACGAAGCUUGGCCAAACCGUUGAAAUUUGCUUGCCCUCAUUGCCCGAAAAAGUUCCAGUUGCAAACCUUGCUCAACAGUCAUGUCAGAGGUCAUAAAGAGUCCGGUCAUUUAUGCGCGGAAUGCACUUACCGGACUCAUAAAGCGGAUCUGCUCAAGGCUCAUAUGAUCCGUGUUCACGGUCCAAAAUCUGAGAACACUCGGGGAGAGUCGGAGCUUGUGAAAGCCGCUGAUGGAGAUCUCCAAUGCUCGGUUUGCGAGACAUUCUUCCCUAGCUCAGUUGCUCUUGAAUAUCACAAGCAAACGAAUCAUGUAAACCAAAGCGUUGGAUUUCAAUGCAGAGAAUGCUUUCAGAUAUUCAAAGUAGAGAAGGACAUGGAAUCCCAUAAGAGUCUGGUCCAUAAUUAGUAUUCUUUGAACCUCUUCGGCAUCGGGAUGCUCUCAGACUUCGAAAUUAUUGUUAUAUUAUGAAUUGAAUGCGGUCAUAGAUGGUCAUUCUAUCGUUGAACUUUAACCGCUUAUCAUAAGUUAACUUUGUUUUGAGUUUCAUCAUAAAAUGAUAAUACCAUAUGA